GGUUGUUGAGCAUUAUCUUCUCUGCUCUCAAGAUGUCAGGUCGCGGUAAAGGAGGAAAAGGUCUCGGUAAAGGCGGCGCCAAGCGCCACCGGAAGGUUCUCCGUGAUAACAUCCAGGGAAUCACCAAACCCGCCAUCCGCCGUCUGGCUCGCCGCGGCGGAGUGAAGCGUAUCUCCGGGCUGAUCUACGAGGAGACCCGCGGGGUGCUCAAGGUUUUCCUGGAGAACGUCAUCCGUGACGCCGUCACCUACACCGAGCACGCUAAGAGGAAGACGGUGACCGCCAUGGACGUGGUGUACGCGCUGAAGAGACAGGGCCGCACUCUCAGAGCUCCGCCGCUCGCUUCCCUAUGUUCAUUCUGUUCUGAAACGAUGGCGAGAACCAAGCAGACCGCCCGGAAGUCCACCGGAGGGAAAGCUCCCAGGAAGCAGCUGGCCACCAAGGCCGCCCGGAAGAGCGCCCCGGCCACCGGCGGCGUGAAGAAGCCUCACCUAAGGCCCGGGACCGUGGCUCUCAGAGAGAUCCGCCGCUACCAGAAGUCCACCGAGCUGCUGAUCCGCAAGCUGCCCUUCCAGCGCCUGGUCCGGGAGAUCGCUCAGGACUUCAAGACCGACCUGCGCUUCCAGAGCUCCGCCGUCAUGGCGCUGCAGGAGGCCAGCGAGGCCUACCUGGUCGGCCUGUUCGAGGACACCAACCUGUGCGCCAUCCACGCCAAGAGGGUCACCAUCAUGCCCAAAGACAUCCAGCUGGCCCGGCGCAUCCGCGGGGAGAGAGCGUAACCUGCCCGCACUCCGCUCACCACACAACGGCUCUUUUAAGAGCCACUCACCCUCCGUGGAGAGGCAAAGUCCCGCUGCAGCCGAGUCGUUGUGUUGGUCAUUAAUCACUAAUCACACGAGUAUUAAAACACAAACCAGUCAGAUCAGUGUUUACAUUCACUCACUACAGACACGUGAUCUGUGGGGGGGGGAUGUUACUGGAACAUCUGACCUGCAGAUUCAAACCUUCUGCUCCUUCUCAUCUAAAGUGAAGACUUCCUGUACAAAUACUUUUUUACAGCCGAGUUACAAAUACAUGAUGUAAUAUGGGGAAAACUUCUCAAGUCUCUGUAUUUUACAUAUUAGCUUCGCUGGGAUCCGUCUAAUAAAAUACUGAUAAAGACA